AUGUCACAUUCCAUAAGAACAGCACCAUGCCGACCUCGAUUGUGCAAUAGCCCAAGUCGUCUUCUUCCGAGGACCUCGCUACGAUUGCUAUCUUGUCACAAUGUCCAACGAUCAGCAGCAACAGACUCUCGUUUAAAAGCAGGUUCAGCCACUGUCAAGCCGACAUUCGACAAGCUCCUUAUUGCCAACCGUGGAGAAAUUGCGUGUCGUAUCAUCAAGACUGCUCGUCGGAUGAACAUUCGUACGGUGGCCGUUUAUUCUGAUCUUGAUGCGAAUGCACCUCAUGUCCAAAUGGCUGAUGAAGCUAUCUGUAUUGGCGAGCCACAAUCCUAUCUUGACAUUCCACGUAUGAUCCAAGCUGUCAAACAAUCGGGCGCACAAGCUGUUCAUCCUGGUUAUGGAUUUCUCAGUGAAAACCCAGCAUUUGUCAAGGCCUUACGAGAAAAUGGGAUCACAUUUGUGGGACCCUCGAGUGAAGCUAUCGCUGCUAUGGGUGACAAGAUUCAAAGCAAGUUGAUUGCGGAGGCCAGUGAAGUGAAUUGCAUCCCUGGAUACAAUGGGCAAGUGGACACCACAAUGGAUGCCAUCAAGGUGGCAAAUGAUAUUGGAUACCCUGUCAUGAUCAAAGCCAGUGCAGGUGGGGGAGGAAAAGGAAUGCGUAUUGCAUGGAAUGAUCAGGAGCUUGUGGAAGGGUUCAAGUUGGCCAAACAAGAAUCCAAAUCAGCCUUUGGUGAUGAUCGUAUGCUAUUGGAGAAAUACAUUGAUCAACCACGCCAUAUCGAGAUUCAAAUCCUGGGUGAUAACCAUGGCAACGUCGUUUAUUUACCUCCACGUGAAUGCUCCAUUCAACGACGCAAUCAAAAGGUCAUCGAGGAGUCGCCGAGUGUACACAUUGAUUCAGAGACAUGGCAUAAGAUGGGUGCUCAAGCUGUUGCAUUGGCACGUCACGUGGGUUACAGCUCUGCAGGCACAGUUGAAUUUUUGGUGGACAAUGAACGCAAUUUCUAUUUCCUUGAAAUGAACACGCGCCUUCAAGUGGAACAUCCAGUUACAGAAUAUGUCACCAGUCUCGAUAUUGUGGAGCACAUGUUAUAUGCCGCAGCAGGUCAUCCAUUGCCCUUGCAGCAACAAGACAUUGAAUGUCGUGGAUGGGCUAUUGAAUCACGCGUUUAUGCGGAGGAUCCCACACGCUAUUUACCAUCCGUGGGCCGUUUAUUGACUUACCGUGAACCACGAUCAUCCACCAGCCCCAACAUCCGAUGCGAUUCAGGUAUUAAGGAAGGAUCGGAUAUCCCUGUCGAGUAUGAUCCACUGCUUUGCAAGUUGACCACCUAUGGAGAAACACGUGACGAGGCGAUUGAUACCAUGGUGAAAGCGUUGGAUGAGUAUGUCAUCAAAGGGGUUACACACAAUCUGCCGUUGUUACAAAGCGUGGUGGACCAUCCAAGAUUUCGUCAGGGCAAAGCAAUCACCACCAACUUUUUAGCCGAGGAAUACCCGAAUGGAUAUCAAAGUGCUCGAUUAGCAACACCCGAAUUACACCAAUUAGCUGCGGUGAAUGCUGCCAUGUGGUCCAAGAAGGAAGCCAACGUGUCCGAUCUUAUCACGACACCAAGAAACAUUUGGGUCCAGCUGACAAAUGAGCAAAAUGGUUGCAUGGAUGAAGUGAUGCUUUCAAUACGUAUGACUGGGAAAGAUGCUUUUGAGGUAUCCUCUCCAAUGUUUGAAAAGCUAUCCUUAUCAACACAAUGGCCACUCGAUGAUCUCUUGGCUUAUGCCUCCAUCAAAGAAACGGAGCAAGAUGUCGUGGUGCAAUAUUUGGAUAGUUUACCCUUUGGCUUCAGGAUGCAGUAUCGUGGUGACAAGUUCAAAGUAGCUAUCCUGAAUGAUCGUCAACGUGAAUUAUCAAAGUACAUGAAGCCAAAAACGAAGGAGCAAGAAAGCAAGAUGGUAGCCAGCCCAAUGCCUGGACGUGUGAUUAGUGUGGCUGUUCAAAAGGGUGACAAGGUGUUGGCAGGAGCUGAAGUGGCAGUGGUGGAGGCUAUGAAGAUGCAGAAUGUAUUGCGAACAUCACGUGUCGGUACUGUCAAAAAUGUUCAUGUACGGCAAGGCAGCGCUGUUCAAACCGGGCAGGUCCUGAUUGAAUUUGAAGACGAUAAUGAACCAUGUCCAUAG